AUGGAACGCAGUGACAUCUCCUUGAUGAUUGUGAUUCUCCUGCAGAAUGGCAUUGGGAUCUCGGUGAAUGGAUUCCACCUCCUGUUUUAUGUCCACACGGUGUCUGCCAACCACAAGCUCAGCUCUUCAGACAUGAUCCAUGCCCAUCUGGUCUUGGCUAAUACCAUAAUCCUUCUCACUUAUGGAAUUCCAGAGACUAUGUCAACUUGGGGACUGAAAGAUUUUCUAGGUGACAUCGGGUGUAAAAUUAUCAUUUACUUUUAUCGAGUGGCCCGGAGCCUAACCAUCUGCACCACAUGUCUCCUGAGUGUCUUCCAAGCUGUCACCAUAAGCCCCAGCACCUCCCGGUGGGCAAGACUCAAACUUCAGUUACCUAAGUGCAUCCUGCCCUCCUGUAUUCUCUUUUGGAUCCUUGGUUUCCUGAUUGAUGUAAGCACACCGAUGCACAUAAGAGGUCCCCAAAACAGCACCAGAGGUCCAGGCAUGUAUGAUCUUAAAUAUUGUUCAUUAGCUUCUCUAAAUGCAGAAACUGCUCUGGGAAUUGAGGUUGUGCUGUCUCUCCGAGAUCUGUUCUUUGUGGGCCUCAUGAUCGGGGCCAGUGGCUACAUGGUGUUUGUCCUUCAUAGACACCACCAGCAAGUCCAGCACCUUCAUGGGCCCAGCCACUCCCCCAGAGUGAUGCCUGAGGUCAGAGCAACCAAGAGAGUCAUUGCCCUGGUGGCUCUCUAUGUCCUCUUAUAUGGGCGACAGUCCAUCAUGUUAAGUAUUAUACGUAACAGGAAAGAAAAUUCUCCUCUGCUAGUGAAGAGCCAUGUGGUUUUGUCAUCAACCUUCUCAGCCAUUAGUCCAUUCCUGGUGAUUCACCGUGACAGGAGAAAAAGAUAA